AUGCCGAAUCCUUUAGGUGUUGUGAGUAAUCCAGAGUAUUUCACGAAAAUUGUCCAAUCCAUAUGUGGUAUGUGCUGCUCGUUUUGUAAGAUACUAGAGUCAAUCGCCACUCUUCAAAGCUAUGUGGAUUCUUCCAAAACCGUUUAUGAGAAAACGUUUCAGACAAAAGUGCAAGAGAUCAACGAACUGGUUUCAACGUUUAACACCUUCCUAACGAACCUCGAUCUAUCUAAAGGAUCCGCUCUAUCGAAUACUCACUAUGAGCAUAUUUACGCAUUGCCGUACUUAAUAGAAGCUCCGCGAUGUGAAUAUAUUCCAGAACGUGCAUUUGUUCCAUUUUCCGAAAACUCUCUCCAUGUGUGUCCUACUGGUUCUGUUUUUGCCUCAGAAUCAUAUUAUUGUUUUCGACUAAACAGAAUAACCAAUAAGAAAUUCAAAAAUUUUCCUCUGUAA